UAUCUGGACUCUGCCCCCUUAUUCAGCAUCUCCUCUGGCAAGAUUCUUCCUCAUAGGCUUGCCUCAGGGCGUGUGGGCGGUCCCUUCUGAGAGCUGAAACUCUUAACUCUCCCCCCACCGCACCCCAGCCCCCACGGCACUCCACCUCCCCAUCAGUCUUCUCUUUGCUUCCACCACUUCCUUGUUCAGCCAGGAAGCUAAGAGGAGGAUAAUCAGUGCCUCCGGGCUGCACCGGUGUUUUCACUGGAAAAGAAAAGAAGGCAGAGAGAAGCAAUGAAUGUGGAUCAUGAGGUUAAUCUCUUAGUGGAAGAGAUUCACCGUUUGGGUUCAAAAAAUGCUGAUGGGAAGUUAAGUGUGAAAUUUGGAGUACUCUUCGGAGAUGACAGAUGUGCCAACCUCUUUGAAGCAUUAGUAGGGACACUCAAAGCUGCAAAACGAAGAAAGAUUGUGAUGUAUAAAGGAGAGCUACUUCUGCAAGGUGUUCAUGAUGAUGUUGACAUUAUAUUGCUGCAAGAUUAGUAUGCUUGCAUAUCUUUGCUUAUUGCUAUUUUUUAUUUCUUGUAAACUGGAAAAUCAAGUCAGAGGACAAGACUACUUAAAUGUAUUUUUAUAGGAUUUGUAAACAAAAGGAGACUCAUAUUUUAGAAGCCUGUCAUUUUUAUAUCUUCAAAAAAUUAUGUAUCACACUGUAAAGUGAGCAAAACCUAUUAUUUUUCUCAGGAAUCUGGUUGAGUGAGACUUUUUUGUUGAGGUAGGGGAAUAUUUGUUUCUUAAAUUAUUCAUAAACAGUUUCUGCAGAUACUUGACAGUCUUUGAAAGUUGGAUGCAAACUGAAGACCAACUCUUCCUAAGGAAUAUUAAAGUGUUUAUAUAAGAAGAGCAUGUAAUUAUUUUAAAACUACCAUACUGUCUUAUUUUGUCAUUCUAAGUAUCCCUGUGUCUCUCAGAAUCAAAGUUUUGCAUCCAGGUUAUGUAGCCACAAUAAAAAUGAUCUUUAUUUGAAGAAACACUCUCUUAAAAAUCUCCAAAUUUUGUAAGAAUUAUUAGUGUUAAUGAUUGGACCUUAUAAAAUGCUGAUUUUGAUCCUUA